AUGCCUAAAGCUCCCAAGAAAGUCACAAAACAACAAAAUAAAAAAGUAGAAAGAAAGAGAAACUCUUUAUUUCAAAGCAGACCUAGAAGUUUCAGAGUAGGUGGAGACAUAUAACCUGCAAGAGACUUAACCAGAUUUGUAAGAUGGCCUAAAUACGUAACUCUAUAAAGAUAAAAACGCAUUUUACUCUAAAGACUAAAAGUACCACCUCAAAUCCACUAAUUCUCAAGAACAUUGGAUAAGAAUCACACAACUAGUUUGUUCAAAUUACUUUAGAAAUACAAACCUGAAACAUCUUAAGAAAAAAAACAAAGAUUAGUUGAAGCUGCUAAUAAUAAAGCUUAAGGAAAAGAAGUAGAAUCUAAAAAGCCUUUCGUUUUAAAAUAUGGUUUGAACCACAUAACCACUUUGAUUGAAAUAAAGAAGCUAAACUUGUCGUUAUUGCUCAUGAUGUAGAUCCUAUUGAAUUAGUUAUUUUCCUUCCUCAACUGUGCAGAAAAUAGGGUGUUCCAUACGCUUUUGUUAAAGGUAAGGCUACUCUUGGUUAAUUAGUUCAUAAAAAAACUGCUACUGCUGUAGCUCUCACUUCUGUGAGACCUGAAGACAAGGUUGCACUUGAUAACUUAGCAAGCACUUUCUUAACUAAUUACAAUAACAACGACGAAUUAAGGAAAACUUGGGGUGGUAACAUUCUAGGAGCUAAAUCCCAACACAGAGUUGAUGCUUAGGCUUAAGCUGUAAAAAAUGAAUAACUUAAAAAAGCAAAACUUUGAAGAAAUCUUUACAAAUUGCUUGAAUUUAUAUGCUUUUUAUAAAUAUAUUUUUUUAUAUUUUUUAAAAAAAUAUUUUAUUUAAAUUU